AUGGACGCACCCCCCGUGAAGCUCUCGGAGCUUCUGCGACACCCGGACGACCUGGACAAGCUGCCGGCGCUGAAGCUGGAAUUCACGCGCAAGAAGACGGCCGUCGACUCGCAGCUCCGGGGCGGCCUGCGCGAGCAGCUCGAGACCACCCAGGCCGGCAUGAACGGCCUGUCCGACGGCCAGAAGACGGUGCAGGCCAUCAAGGAGGAGAUGAUGAAGAUCGACCGCCUGUGCUCCGAGUCGCAGAACAUGAUCAAGGACUUUGCCAGCAUCAACCUCGUCUCCCAGGCCCACCGCAACUUUGGCGCCGUCGAGGCCAUGCGCAAGAACCUCGAGGUGUUCAACGAGCGCCUCAACGGUGUCGAGCUCAUGCUGCGCGAGGACGAGGAGGACAAGGAGAACAUGCCGAAUCUGUUGGCGGUACACUACGAGCUCACGCAGCUCCGGAAUAUCCGUGACGAUGCCAUGGAACAGAUACAACGCGCAGACGACCCCAGUCUGCUCUCGACACUCGAGGAUUACUUCUCGCGGUUGGAUGAUGCUAUCGAAUGGUUCGACGAGCAUAUCGGCCUGAUUGCCCUCAAUCAGAUCAACCUGCUCAUCGCCGACAACAACGGACUGGUCGUGCGCCUCGCGCUAAUAGUAGAGGCCGAGGAGAAGAGCGAUCAGAGGGUCGAAGCCUUGCAGGAAGCCCUCAAGGACCACAAGGAGAUGGCCACGCGGUUCCAGAGCAUUACAGACGGCGCAAAGAAGGUGCGAGGCUACAAGGACAAGUUCCUGAAGGCCAUCAGCCUCAACUGCGAGCAACAGUUUGAAGAGGUGAAGGAAGAGUUUCUCGGCAACGCAGAUGGUCUCUCUAAAAUCAUGAAGUGGUAUUUCAACGACCUCAACGCUGUCAAGCAAGGCAUGGUCCCGCUUAUGCCCAAGAAGUGGAAGAUACUAAAGACAUACGGUGAUAUAUAUCACCAGCUGAUGCACGACUUCCUCGUGGGCAUGAUCGAUGACCCCGAGGCUAGUUCAGCGCACACGCUCGCCAUCAUCAACUGGCCGGAGCAGUAUUACAAGAAGAUGAAGAAGCUUGGGUUCCCCGAAAACGACCUCAAACCACAGGUGAUUGACAACAGAGAGCAAGAACUAGUGAAGGGCUUCCGCGACCUCAUUAUCAAGUUCCUCGACGAAUGGAUCGACAGAAUCUUUUCGCAAGAAGUCCGAGACUUUAAUGACCGCAAUGCCGAAGGGUCCAACCUCGAUGCUGAUGAGUACGGAUACUUCAGAACAAAGAACCUGGUCGAUAUGUGGCGUAUGCUGCGAGAACAGGUUGACGCUGCUGGAAAUUCUGGCCGGCAGGAUGUUGCCGAGGGCGUGAUCGAUGCUAUGUUCUUGCGAUUGCGGGCCCGGCAACAGUCCUUCCAGAGAAUGCUUGAAGAGGAAAUCGCCAAAUUUGAGACAAGCAAGAUACCAACAGAACUUGAAGGCAUGCAGUCAUUACAGGACUGGCUCGUGGCAACAGCCAACGACCAAAUCGCUUGCGUCGACGAUAUCGAAGAGGAGGGCCGCUUCGGCUACUUGACAAGCUUCAAGCAGAAGUUUGAACCUCUCGUGAGCCCGUCUUACAUGGAGCGCGCUGAGUCCGAGUACGAACUGCUUCAAGGAAACUACUUUGAUCUCAGCACAUGGUGUCUAAGAAACUUCAUCAAGCUGAUCUUCGUUGUUGACUUCAAGAGCGCCAUGAGCUCUUUCUUCACAGCCGAGUGGUAUCAGAAGGCUACCAUGAAGCAGCUUAUAGCGACCUUCGAAGAAUAUCUCGGCGACUAUCGACCCGUAUUACAUCAUUCACUCGUGGACAUCUUCACAGAGAUCUUUGCCGACGAGCUUCUAUCUCGCUACCUGAUGUGUGUGCGCAACAAGGGCGCCAAGUUCCGCCGCGCAGACCCUUUCCAGGAGAAGGUCUUCAACGAUAUAUCCACCGCCUUUGAAUUCUUCAGGUCGCUUCCCAACUCAGGCGAGACAAUUACACAGACGUGGCGCGUGACAGAGCCGUUCCUCGACCUCCUCACUGCGGAGAAGGAAGCAAUCCCAGACGUCUUUGAGAGCUUCAAGGCGAGGUACUGGGACCUGCAGAUCAGUUGGGUCGAGGCCGUCCUCAGGUCGCGUGAUGAUUUCGAGAGGAGCAUGAUCAAUGCCGUCAAAGCCAGGGCGGCGCAGAUGGAGAUCAUCAGGGGACCGGAGACCAUCAUGAGCAAGGUGAAAUAG